AUGCCUACCUUUCCUCAACGUCGUCACACCAAAGCUCGUUAUGAGCAAACAAAUAGUUUAUCAUUUCUAGCUAUUAUUAGCACUUUUUUACAACCAUGGCGUGAUCGUAUUACACCAGAAAUGGCUGUAUAUGCCGUUAAAUCUCUACGUGAUCUUUUAUUUAUGGGUAUUGAAUUACUUACUGAAAAUACUAUGAUACAAGUUAUAUCAUCAUUAGAACAUGAUCGAACACCACUGCGUGAUAUAGCUGAAGAAUAUUUAAAUGAUUUAAAUCGAACAUUUGUUGAAUUCGCUUAUAUUGGUGAAGAUACAUAUCAGGUCAAUACGAAUACUGUUUUAUUUCUAUGGGUAUUCUAUUGUUUUUUACAUGGAACAAAUGGAUUGAAGGUUCUACAGAAAGGUGUUCGGUGUUUAACUUUAGCACGAACACUUCGUGUUAUUACAUUUUCAUUAACUAUUUUACCUAAUCCAAAUCCAAAAUGUAACUUUACUGGACCGAUUGAUCCAUUCAAUUUGAGUCCGGGUGGUGCAUGUAACGAUUUGUUAUAUAGUGGUCAUGUUAUUGUUUAUACAAUAUCAGCAUUAGCUGUGACUAUACUUUGUGCAUCGUAUCCAUCUGCAUUGUUACGUUUAUUCAUACGUUUAUUUAUAUGGAUUCAAGUUAUUCAACGAAUGAUUCGUGCCGUAGUUGAAUUUCAUCAUUAUUCAGUUGAUAUGUUUCUUGGUUUAUGUGUAACAUUAUUGAUAUGGCAUGCAGAUAUACUUUAUUAUGAUUUACCCAGUUUACCAAAACCAUUAUAUCCACAUUUAAAAAAACUUAUAUUUGCAUAUGAUCAUAAUGAUACGAUUGAUUAUCAUAUGGACCAAUUGAUAUUAAUUUAUCAACAUUUUAAACGACAACCUAUAAAAACUUUGAAGAACUUUUUGAAAAAUCAAUCUAUUUCAUUACUACCACAAAAAGUUCAUUCCAAACAAAUUUGA